AUGGCAAAGCUUUAUGCCCUCUUUUAUUGUUUAGUGAUUCAUGUUUCUGAGAACUCUUCUAGAAAUUUUGAAAAAUGCAUUUUCAAAACUGAUACCUGUGGAUGGACUACGCACGCGUCAUUUGUCAGGCCUGACCAUCGUUCCGUAUAUUGUUUUUAUUCAAAAUUAGAGACAAUCAAAUUUGUUUGCGGCACACGUACAAUUUAUCAAGGUGGCGAUUUGUGGAGUCGUAAAGUGGUUCGAUCGAUCAAUUUGACAGGAUUCCCUGAGUACACCAGAGACCAAGUGGAGCAAUUAGAAGACAGAUAUGUUUUGGCGAUAAAUAGUUUCCGACCGGAUGUUGGAAAAUAUCGCUACUAUGUGAGCGACAUCAUCAGUCCAAAGGUUCCUCUGUCGGUAGAUUUCCGCUGUCUUCACUAUUCCCACCUGGUCAUUGGUGACACCCCAUUGGUUGUUGCUUACAUCACGGACUAUAGCAAACCUCAUAAGAUUGUUUAUUACUUAAAUAUUCAUGAAAACUCUCCUUUUGUCAACUUUAGCAGAACGUCAGUAAGACUACCAAUUGGAAGAGAAUUUAAGCUUGUGUUCAGAGCGGUUCAAGAAAACUUAAGAGGACUGAUUCUCAUCGACUAUAUUUCAAUUACAAAAGGACUUUGUGAAGUCUGUCCUCAAAACGAGUUUCGGUGUGACGACUUCCGGGAUGAAUGUAUUCCUCUCAGUAAGGUGUGUGAUCUUAACACUGACUGUUUGGGCGGAGAAGAUGAAAAGAACUGCGAUAGAGAAGCAGUUGAAACAGUUUGCAAAGAAAAUAUGAAAAUGUCACGUAAUAAAACCUGGAUUCUUGACAGCAGCAUUGAUAAAAGUCUAUUUGCUUCCGAUUCAAAUGGUUGUAAGACUGGAGAUUGUUGUCCUUUGUGUGCUUCCAUCGAUUCUGAGUACUCUUGCCCUACUAAUUGUACCUCUUCUGGACUUUCGUUCAAUUGUACGUCUGAUAGUUCACCCGUCUAUACAACCUCUUUAACUGCCUCUGGUUUAGUGCAAGAUGCGUUGGUAUUCAAUGACAGUUUUUCAAAUUUGAGACAAGUGAGUAUCAUAAACUGCAAGCUCAACUUGUUUAAAAUUGAUUCUAAACUUACGAUACAAACAUUAACCAUAAGAAACAGCUCAAUAGGUAUCGUAGAUGUUGACGAACUUACAAGCUCACUUCGGCUUGUGCGUUUUGAUAACUGUAUGUUUGAUAGUGUUAAGUUUACAACAAAGUAUGGAGUUAGAUUUAACUUCUUUGUUCACAGAAGUUCAUUGAGGAAAAUUUUCUACAUUGUCUUUGGAACAGGGGCAUUGAUAGAUUUUUCAGAAACAGCCGGAUUCCCUUAUUCAAUUCCUUUUGAAUUAGUUGGUGUUGGUAUAAACAAUAUACACACUAUAGUUAAUCUUAGUUCUUGUAAUUUGAAAAGGCAACCAUCACUUCCUUCGAGAAUUAUGACGCUAGAUUUGAGCCACAAUUAUCUUUACACGUGGUCUUAUUCCGCUUUCUUUCAAUGUUUGCAUUUACAACAUAAUUUAAUUGAAGAAAUCAAUUUUACCAGCUAUUUAAAAACAUCAGAGGCUCAACUACAUUUCUUAGAUCUCUCCUACAACAUGAUAAAGGUGAUUAGAGAACACGACUUUGUAGAUUUGCCUAAUCUUCUCCAACUUAUAAUGCGGAAUAAUCGUUUAGAAGAUAUUCACGAAAACGCAUUUGCAUUUAUAACAAAACUGCAAGGUUUGGACUUGUCAUCUAAUAACCUUCAUUCUUUAAAUCGAAACCACUUUCUUCGUCUGUCAAAUUUACGAUUCCUUGAUCUGCAGAACAAUAACAUUAAAGUAGUGGAAGGAAUGUUUGAUGGAUUAAUACGUAUUGAAUAUUUAAGAGUGGAUACUUAUACUUUAUGUUGCGCGCAACCUAAAACAGUAGGUAAAAUUCAGUGUACAGCACCGGUGAACGAGAUUUCCUCAUGCAACAAUUUGAUUGACAUUCCGUUACUUAGUACUAUGAUUUGGUACAUUGCUCUUUUCGCUGUUUUUGGAAAUGUUUUCAAUCCAUUUUACAGAGGAAUUUUACAAAUUUCUCAAAACUUCAAAUUCUCUGUUAUCUACGCCAUCAAUUUAGGUGUUGCAGACUUUCUGAUGGGAGUAUAUAUGUUCAUUAUAGCGGGAGCUAAUUUAAAAUUCAGUGGUCGUUAUGGUUUUGAAGAUGAAUGGUGGAGACACAGUCACAUUUGUACUGUUGCUGGUGUUCUGGCGACGCUUUCAAGCGAAGCAUCUGUUUUAUUUCUCCUUUUGAUCACUAUUGAUAGAAUUUUGACUAUACGUUCCCAAUUUUCUCGCGUUAAAAAAAAUAGUUGGAUUUCAAUAGUUAUGUCAACUUUCGUUUGGAUUCUUUCUUUUAUGCUUUCACUGUUACCUCUAUUUGGAGGUGAUUACUUUGAGGAUUAUUAUUCUAGUUCGGGUGUUUGUAUUUCUUUACCGUUAUCGAUAUGCCGUAGGUCUGGAUGGGAAUAUUCUAUGAUAUUGUUUGUUGGCGCCAAUUCUCUUAUUUUCAUUGCAAUCUCUUUGGGACAACUGGUUAUUUUUUGCUACGUUCGACAAAUGAGAAAGGACAACUACUUACGAUAUACGUUACAACAAAGAACUGAAGUAAUAUUGACAAAGACUCUGUUAGCGGUAACAAUCACAGACAUGCUUUGUUGGAUGCCAAUUGGCGUAAUUGGUUUUCUAACUUUCACGGGCUUUGACGUCACACCACAGGAAUACGCGUGGAUCAUUGUGGUUGUACUUCCUAUCAACUCCGCCUUAAAUCCAAUCAUCUACACCGUUUUAAAGAUUUUAAGA